GUUUAGCCGCUGGGAGACGGCGUGAUAAGAGAACUCCUGCUGAUACAAUGCAAAAGCCAAGCAGACGGCGUUAAUUUCGAAGCAGAUGGCAAGCGGACACUGUCGUCUGCAUUGGUCAGAUUGGAAUUUGAUAUCGUCACAGUAGUUUCACUGUGCUUGAUAGCACACACGUUCCUGCGUGCCACGCGAGUCUUCAUGCCGUCCUUACAACAAGCACGACUUAUAGCGCUUCCGGAAUGAAAAGAGUGAAAACGGAACCAAGGAGAAUAGUUUUCCAGUCACGAAAAGACGUGUUUCUCCGAUGUCGCCAGGGGACCCCAGGGACAAUGGCAUGCAGCUCCCUCGGAAAAAGCAUGUGCGGAAGUUGACGGACGAAGAAAUCAACGCCAUCUUGCAAAGUGAAUCCGAGGGCUCCGAUGUUGACGACCCGGAUUUUGUCGAGGAAGACCAAGUCCAGGUGCUUCCGAGCCCGUCAAAACACGUGCCACCCAAAGUGGAAUCAGUUCCGCCGACAUUCCCCGUUUCUGCACCAUCUCCUCAGGUGUUGGACAGUGAGUACAGACCUGUUGCUGUGGUGAAGCCAUCAGUUACUCCAACCAAGACACAGGCAACACCAAGCACAACGGAUGCAAAGGAGAAUUCGUACCGCUGCUGCGUCAAGAGCUGCGUAUCCGGAAACCUCUCGGACAAAGAUGGACUCUGGCUGUUUCCCCUCCCCAAGUCCGAAGAUACCCUCCACGCCUGGGAGGAACACCUUCAGAUCGACAAAGAACACAACAGUCCACUUAGUCCACGCGUCUGCUUCAGGCACUUCGACAAGGCAGAUUUUAUCCGAAAACAGCAACGAUUUGUUGGACUAUGUGAAGGUGCCGUCCCCAAAUGCGCGGCCACGACCAGCAAGCCCAAGCCGAUGCCAAAGCCGAGGCAGCAGACCCGUUUUCCGACGCCGGUCACGUUCCCGCAGGUGGUACGCCUGAUGCCGAUCGACAGUCAACUCGGAACUCCCGGACACCCGGGUAUUCCGGGUGCUCCGAUUGCGCCUCCCGUUCUACCCACCCCGCAAGUAUUGCUGAAGGGAGCCCCCGUGCCACCGCCCCCGACCAACGCUAUCAUCAUUCCCGACGACGUCAAGCCUGCCCAGAAAUCGGUCGCGUACGGGAAGGACGGCUUUGUCGUGACAAACGGACAACCGGACAGCGCUCUGGAGAUGAUGGAAAUCAAGAUAGAGCCGAUAGAUCAGAUGCAGGAAGAAGAUUGCGGCGACGGGCUGACGUACACGCUCACACUGGAAGACAUACAAGAGGAACUACCUUGGGUGGUUCCGGACAAUUUGUGGAAGUCGGAAAUGGAAAACGGAGAGUUAGUGAUUGUGAAAGAAGGCAAGGAGGUCACGCGGAAGGUGGUCAUAAAAGACGGACUCCAGCUGGAGGUGUUUAUAGGUGGAAAACGCGUCGACAAGUUCAACAAGACGAUACUCAAGUGCGCGGAUGACUUGAAGGUGGUUCUCGAACAGGUGCAGAACUUCCAGAACUGAAGUGCGCGCUACAUCGCUCGUGGGGCAGCGGUUUGUCAUUACAGACUUUUCUAGUAUCAUUUUAUUUACUGAGGUAGGGUGUCCGAAACGGCGACGCUUUAGAAUAUUUGCGAUAAAUAGUUGAAGGGCCUCCUAGUCUGCAAAACAAAUGUUUGCCUCCAUAAUGGCAGGGGCGCUGGGUGCAGAGAAGGGGCGUCAGAGCAAUCUCGUGUCGCCCUUGUGCGCACAUUGGUGCUCCACCCUACCACGAAAGAAAAUUAAAAUGAUGCUACAAAAUGCUGUACUGUGGCAACUCGGUCGUAUUAAUAAUCCAACACUUGGAAAUUUUUAGGAAAAAUUCAGUCGGAACCCCAAUAUCUCCGAGUGUUCCACUUGAAUGCUUUUGUCAGUACAGUCUACCCACGAUGAACCCCAAAAAGAGGAAGAAUCACUUCCUGGUUCGCGAUUUCUGUAUCCAACCGCAAAAAAAAAUUCUUUUUAUCAGUUACGGUGUUGCACGAAGCGCCGACUCACAAUAAAGUUGCUUCAGUUUCACGA